AUGGAGGAGUCUCCGCACAUCAAUGCAACAGAGCUGCCGAGCUCCCUUUCAGUCGCCCAGCUGCCGAAUUCCAAUGACAAUCCACCACCAACUGCUGUCGACAACGGUCAAGGGCAGACGAGUCACCUAAAAAUAGAGGACGAGCUUUCUGGCACCAUGGAUGGCGUCAUGGAGGACCAACAGCCACUCGUUGUUUACCACGUGGCGGCCGACUGCGAUGGCGAGGCCGAAGACGUUCACGUGUAUCAGACCCCAAACAACACAGUCGACUUUUUCGCUGGAGUCCAGAACUCCGAGUUCAAUUGGGAUUCGAGCGAGAGUGAUAGCGAGGGAGAAAUGCAGGAGUCAGACGAGGGAGACAAGUCGCCCAUGCAGUGCAGUAGCAACCUUGCCAGCGGGCCCCAGAACGACUGUGAUCCUACAAGCAACAAUCUUCCAUUUCUCAGCGCAAUGGAAGCUAAUGAUGAGACAUCGGGAAGCCCGCACCAAUUUAUCAUGCCCAAUCUUCAUGAACUCGCUUACGACGACGUGCAUGACAAGGAGAGGAGCAUCUUUGUUGACUUUGACGAAGACGCUGAUGUGGACGACGACGAAGCGAGGUCGAUCUACGAGGAAGACAACAAAAUUGAGGAAGACAUCGGGUUUGGCUUCGGUUCCAUCAAGAGCUUCGUCUACCCUCAGACAAGCCAAAUCAUCGUUCAGCACCUUUCCGCUCCAGACCAACAAUCCUUCGCGACACUCAACGACCUACUUUCCUCUCACAACGCUCCCGGCCGGGGACUUUACAACGUCGAGAAGGUGCUUGAGCACGAGGAGGGAAGGGCGGCCGAGCUGGAAGAGAAGAAGCGGUACAUCGAGGCUGAGCUUGAAGAGGUCAGGGCGCGAAGGGACAGGGCCGACGAGAUCGUCCGAAAAGCACGCGCGGCCUUCUCUAAAGCUCGCGGUGCGUCUGGAAUCCGCAACGACCUUUGGAAGGAGUACGAGGCGUUCUGCGAGUCGCUGGAGCCCAAGUUUGGCAACCGAGGAGGCUGGUCUGUCAACUGCUUUGAGAACCACAACGGCUCCUACAUCCAGUGGGACCCUGAGCUCGAGCUCCUUUUGCAGUCGGCGGAGAUGCCGCUGGGAAGUUGCAACUUCCGUUGUGAGGCCACCACAGUCAAGGCCAUGGGGCGCACCGAGUACGUGGUGGAGUUCUGGCCUCUCGCCAAUCCUGAGCCUCGGACAAUUGGUCACACGGGUAUCGCAAGAACCUGGAAGCAGCAAUACCCCAAGCUCUACAAUCUGGCAACCAAGUGCGCAAACAGUUCGCCUGGGAACAACACCAUAGCCAAAUCGCUGCUUCUGUCACUGCCUGGGCCCGACCUUCCUUUCUCUGGUGGAUGGCUCUUUGAGUACGCCUUGGAGCCUGGCCGGGCUCAACACCCCACCGUCUCGCGCAGAUGGUCCUAUCGGAGCGCUUGCAGGAUUCCCGUUGAUAGACAGCAGGACCAGAACGAUGCCACUGUCGAGUCCGAGCCUGUGUCAGUUGAAAGCGAAGAUGAGGGGAUGGAAUACGAUGAGUCUGACCUGGCCAAAAGUCAAGAUGUGAAGAUGGAGGAUGAUGAGUCUGAGUCAGUUGAGAGUCAGGAUGUGAAGAUGGAGGAUGAUGACUGA